UAUCGAUUCCGAUUGCCGGCCGAAUCUCCGAAAUUCGAAAAAUUUCACUAACAAUGAAUAAAUCAAAAGAAGCUGAAACCGACAUUACUCAAAUUUUCCCGAAUCUGGACAUCCUUCCAAAAAAGUUUUCCGCAAAAGAGUUGGCAGAAAGACGCAUCAAAAAGCUCCACGUGGCUCCUGGAUCAAUUUUCAUGAAUCGUUGGUCCAUAGAAGGUGUGAUUGGAAAUGGAGGUUAUGGACAGAUAUUUAUGGUGAUGGAUGUUAAAAAGAAUGAUGAAAGAGCAAUGAAAAUAGAACCAAAACUACGAGCAGAAGUGAUUACGAAGCGGAUGAUAAUGGAGCAACAAGUUUUGAUGAAAAUGCAAGGGAAAACUCAUAUUCCAACAAUGUAUGCAUCUGGAUUCAAUGAUCAAUUCAAUUUUAUUAUAAUGCAGUUGCUUAGUAUGAAUGUUGGAGACUUUCGGAAACGAAGUCCAUUGGGAAGAUUGAGUAAAGAGACAGUUGGAAGAAUUGCUUAUCAGACAUUGAAUGCAUUGAAAGAUAUUCAUGAUAUGGGAUAUGUUCAUAGAGAUGUUAAACCAGCAAAUAUUUGUUUUGGUGUACAUGCUCAGAAUCGUCACAUCCUCUAUCUUCUUGAUUUCGGACUCGUCCGACGCUUCAAAACCGAAUCCGGUGUAUGCAUUCCAUGGAGAAUAAAUGCCGGAUUCAAAGGAACAGAACGUUAUGUAUCGGUUCGUGUACACGAGAAGCUGGAGCAGACACCAUGGGAUGAUGCAUUCUCAGUCUUGUAUACGGCAUAUGAGCUAGUCGUUGGAGAGCUCCCGUGGAGAUAUUUGGAGGAUAUUCAUGAGAUUCAUGGGGUCAAAAAGUUGAUGAACGAGGUUACCAAGAAUGGAGAGAUGUUCAAGGACAUUGCGAGCAUCCUAGUCGACUUUCAUAAGAUGAUUUUGGAAUGUGACCCCGUUGUUGAACUACCGUAUGAAAAACUGCUGGAAUGUCUGAAAUGUUUAUACAGCCCGAAAUCACUGCUCGAACCGUAUGAUUGGGAGGAUGGAUACAAGACGACAUUGAAUAUUUGAACUCUGAAUGAAUUAUGAAUGAAGUGAAAUCACAAUU